AUUCCAUUCAAUUUGCCGAGAUUUUAGGUAGAACCUACAGUUAAUAGUAUUAAUCUGUUUCGACUGAGACCAGUAUUUUUAAAUUCCCGAUAAUCUAAAAAGAAAACAUGCCUGCCGCUCCAAGUUCAACAUCAGUUGGCUCAGGCAGUCGCUCUCCAAGCAAAGCAUCAAUUGCUCCCAGAGCUUCUAGUGGAGGCACUGUUAGACAAAGAAAAACAACCACCACAGCAACAUCUGCAAGAAAUCGUGCCACAGGCGCUGGUUCUGGUGGCAUGUGGCGCUUUUACACAGAUGAUUCUCCUGGUGUUAAAGUAGGACCAGUUCCAGUGCUAGUUAUGUCCCUUCUAUUUAUUGCAUCUGUAUUCAUGUUACACAUCUGGGGAAAAUACACAAGAGCCUAAAAAUUAAAGACUGUACCUAUGUGCUGGAAUGUAUUGUUGUGAGAAUGAAGAUAAGGGUGAUAAAUUUUAUGUUCUUAAAAAUUGUUUGUAAUUUAGUUUCAGAUUUAAUAAAUAGUUUUAAGGAUAAUAAUUUAUUGUGUAAGUU